UCUGCGGGUGUUUUUUCACUAUAAAAGAUCUUCAGUCUUUUACUGUCUUCUCUUGUGUCGGACACAGCACACUGACGGAAGCUUCGUACUAAGAUUGAAAAAUGUUAUCGACCAGAGCACUGUUAUUUCUGGCUCUGAUGAUCAUGAAAGCUGAUGCUGGUUGCAGCAGGUCUGAUUGGCGGUCAAGUAUGGCCAGGCAGGGCCACUCACAGUGUACAAGUUUAAAUGAUUUCAUUACGGGUUUAUCUAGGAAAGAUAAAACAACCGAUGACCCGUUGAAUUUGUUAGACGAAGUAGAAUGCUGCAGCAGAAAUUCGACCUGGAGCAACGAUACACACACUCUGUACGCUGAUUGGGCAACGAUGGACAGAACCAAUACCUGGUCCACCUGUCCUGCUGGUUAUUUUAUGACUGGCUUGUAUAGGAGUGACAACAAGAUCGGCCUGUUGAGUAACAUUGACGACGGUAGGUGCUCAAGGCCAGCGGAUCACCCACCAUCCUACGGACAUUGCUAUGACCAUGAUAUCUCAAAAUGUUUUGAUAACAAAGGCCUUUGUAAAUGUAACGACACCUACUUUGUUACCGGCAUCUAUCGCGGUAGUUGUGAUAAACUCAACUGCCUUGAUAAACUUCGAUGUUGCAAGACCGCUACAGCACCGGAAGAGUUGAAUUCACUAGAAAAAGUAAAGACCCGCAUUAUGGAUACCACUAUGUCUAAUAUUGCGUCACUAGCAAACUAUUUGGGUUAUAGCUAUUGUCAAGGAUGUAGAGCCGCGAAUGUUGGGGAAGACUUUAGACGAAGCGCCGACACAUGGGCUGCUGAUAAAAGUGCGCGCUGUGAAGGUUUGAUGAGCGAUAAACGUCUGAGCAUGGUCUAUGGUAAUUGGAGCUUUGCGCUUAAGGACAUCAAGUAUGGAACACCUGUAACACAAGAAUUAACACCCGAAACGGUUGACUCUGGUACGAUAUAUAACAAUGACCCAAACGAAGUUACUAAGACCAUUGAGCGAGCUGAGACUGUUGUCCGUAGUGUCACACACACUACAACCAGUUCUUGGACAAACAGUCAUGAGCUUGGUCUGCAGGUCAUGUAUACAAUAGGAGGUUUUGGAGCUUCUGCCGGCUAUUCGUUUAAAUAUGAGACCACCACAGCUACAACUGAUGAAACCAAAAAAGAGCAGUCGAAAACAUUCACAGUUAGCACAUCAAAAACUCUGAAGGCAAAGUCUGCUGCAAAAUGGAGUCUUAUUAUGUCCAAAACCAGAACUUCUGUGACCUACACAGCAACUGUUAUAGUCAAGUUUUCCACCGAACUCCAAGGUUUUCUACGUCUCGAGAAUAACUUCCACUCUCAGUAUCGCGGCACCAACAACCGCCCCACUUUUAACUACCGAUUCGGCGAUUCAAGCACACCUUUUUACACAGCCUUGAAACAGCAAAGCGAAACUAACCUACAGCCCUGGCUGUGGAACGACAUGACAAACAAAUACCCGAAUGUUAAACCUGUAAUAAAUGCUUUGUUAAAUGAAAAUAGAUACGUCUUUAAGAUAACUGGUAGGUUCGAUGAAGUCAUGGGCAAAAGCGUUGAUUUCCGCUGGGAUGCGGCAAAGCUACGCAAGCGAGCAGCCGUGGCGGAUGACCGUAAUGUAAUACGGCAGAACGCUACCCACAUCGCCAAGACUCUGGCCAACGAUGUUCCUCUAGUGAAGUUGGAGCCUCCCAAAGUCGAUAUCUAGGCGAACAGCCAAGAGAAUAUAGAUAAGCCAUCUUUUUUCUGGCUCUUAGUUAUACUGAUGUAAACCAUCGGUAAACUUUGAUUAAAUAUAUCUUG